AUGUCCACAGAUACCCGGCAAGAGGAGCUGAUCACCACCAUCACGCCUCGUCAAUUUGACAGUCUCCUGAGCGCAUAUCACAAAACGGUUCCCGAGAAGCUUGUCGAACUCGACGAGAAACGCUAUGUGGACAUACCUUCCCGGAUAAACGAACGGGCUCCUCUCUCAGAGAGGACGUCGCUGUACCUAGAAGAAGUCGUCACCCUCGUCGACUGGAAGCUGGCCCAUGGGAAAUUCCGUCCCAAGCUUCGACAACUCGUGCAGCAGAACGACGAGGAACUGGUCUUGGACAUCACAAGGCAUGCCUUCAUGGCCUACGCCGUCGUGCCGAAGGGGGAGAUCAGCACCAAGGGCACGGCUGCUGUCAAAGCUGCUCUCGGCUGGUUGACGAAGUUGAGAGGUAUCGGUCCUGCUACUGCAUCGCUCAUCCUCUCUGCGGGAGACCCGGAAGAUGCGCCUUUCUUCUCCGAUGAGCUGUUUCGAUGGUGCAUGUGUGAGGAUGCGGCGGAGACUCGAAAGCGGCGAGACAUCAAGUAUAAUGUCAAGGAGUACCUCGAACUGUUCGAUAGGGUGCAAGUCCUCAGACAUCGCUUUAGGACUGACUUCGAUCGGAAAGUCACCGCUGUUGAAGUCGAGAAGGUUGCGUAUGUUCUCAUGAGACGAUGGGAUGGUGGCGAAGCCUCGAUGGACCAACGUGAAAACGACGCCGGCAAGAAACGAAAGGUUAACUCUGCGGCCGAUGGCAGAGAGGAGGGCUUGAAGAAGACGAAAAUGCAGGCUGAAAGAGCGAAAGCAAAUUCUAAAACUAAUACACGAGCUGCCAGUCCGACAAACAGUGAUCCGACAAACCGUGAAGCACUCGAGCGCCCCAGACGUUCCACCAGAAGCAAGAAGUGA